AGCGCCGCCGAGGCCAGACGGCUGCAGCUGGGUGGAGCAGCGCUCGGCAGGGUGGCUCCGUCCAGGGUGGCCAGCGAGAUGAGCGAUCCGGAGAAGGGCGGCCGCGGGCAGCGGGAGCCGCUCAAGAUCGGAGAUGGUACUUCCAACAGCCUUGGAGUAUGUGGCUGGGUCCUGGUUAUAAUUUCAUUCCUAAUGGUGGUCGUCACUUCCCCUGUUUCCAUUUGGAUGUGCAUAAAGAUUGUCAAGGAAUAUGAGCGCGCCAUCAUUUUUAGACUCGGACGUAUCCUAAAAGGAGGUGCAAAAGGACCAGGGCUGUUUUUUGUCUUGCCUUGUACGGACAACAUCAUCAAAGUGGACAUGAGAACCAUCUCAUUUGAUAUACCACCGCAGGAAAUUCUCACCAAAGAUUCAGUGACGGUGAACGUGGAUGGGGUGGUCUACUAUCGUGUUCAGAAUGCGACCCUUGCAGUAGCAAACAUCACCAACGCGGACUCGGCUACUCGGCUCCUGGCUCAGACAACUCUCAGGAAUGUUCUGGGGACCAAAAAUCUUUCUCAGAUUCUCUCCGACCGGGAGGAAAUUGCUCACAGUAUGCAGGCCACCCUAGACGAUGCCACAGAUGACUGGGGCAUCAAGGUGGAGCGGGUAGAGAUCAAGGAUGUGAAAUUGCCCAUCCAGCUCCAAAGAGCCAUGGCUGCUGAAGCAGAGGCAGCUCGAGAAGCCCGGGCAAAGGUCAUUGCUGCAGAGGGUGAAAUGAAUGCUUCCCGGGCACUGAAGGAAGCCUCGAUCGUCAUCACGGAGUCUCCCGCCGCCCUCCAACUCCGCUACCUGCAGACUCUAACCACCAUUGCAGCUGAGAAGAACUCCACAAUUGUCUUCCCCUUGCCCAUAGACAUGCUGCAAGGAAUUAUGGGAAUGAGACAGUAACGAAUGAGGCUAUGUUGGUGAAGAGAAAGGGGCUCUUGGGCGGAAAGCUAGAUUAAAAACAAGCAUCAGUGUUGACUAGGAGAGCAGUUGCAUCCAUGUAGAGCUCAUAGGUAUUUUGCAUCAGCUGGACCCCCCUUGUUUUCCUUCUGAACCAAUGUAGAGAUCCCGUUUUUGCUUCUUCUCCCUGUUUCCUUCUUUAAAGAGAGAUUUCUGAGUGCCUUGCAUCUCGUUUGGAGGGAGAGUGAAAGAAUUGCUCAGAGCUUGGCCUUUUUUCUUUUUUCUUUGGCUUCUCUGAUGGGAAAUGGAUUCCCAUAUGAGAAAUCAGACAUGGAACUUUCCGUAGCGGCCUUGUUGUCAGAGACUGUAAUGAACAAACACAUUGUAAUUAUGGAGAUAAUAUAUUGUAGCUAUUGUGUUCAGGUUAUGCGCCUGUGUCUCUGCCUUGGUGUGUCAACUUCAUACAAUGCCUCUCUCUGGCUAUGCUAUGUACAUUUUUUUAUAAGAACAGAGGUGUGCUUUUUUAACCAUUUUUAAAGGAUGACUGUCCAUGUCCUGAUUUUGAUUUUUUUUUUUUAGAAAAAUAAAACCAAAACGAAGGUGGUCUUAUUGCCAGAAAUGAUGCUGGUGCCUUUGAGUCUUUAGCUGAUCUUAGAUUUAUUGUUUCCAGAAGGCUAAGAAGCUCGACAUUUAUUUUGAGAUGCAUGCUAAGUGAUUUACUGGAAAGGAAGUUUAAUUCAACAGGAUUGGCUCCCCAAAGUUUAGACGGAGACUGUCUCUACUACCACAUUCUCAGCAAAUCUCAAACAAUUCAUUUUAAAGACAGAUAAACCCCAUAGGCUUCCUUUCAAGUAAGUUCAAUAUUUGCGUUAAAGCUCAGCUUGUUGCUAAUGUACCACACUGAUGUUUAGCCCUGUGUUUCUGUAUAUUUGCAUCACGCAUUUUGUAAACUUACGAUGUGGUCAGAAUGAGAACUUUAGGUAACUGUCACCGAAUAGCAUUGUGGUUAACUGUGAUUAUUGUCUUCAGCACUGUGUGUUAAGAAAAUAGGGCUGUGGCCCAGUUAGUACAGUCACAGGCCAGUCAGAAAACUGACCGGCCUUUUAACUGUCUGAACUAAUGAACUUCUGUUGAAACAUUGUCGUCAUCAUUCAUAUGCUCAGAACGUGUCCUUGGGACCCUGCCACUUUAAUUUCAUGCUAAUUUUAGUUCAGCACGCAAUUAUAGAAUUGGAAUGAACGCAUCCCCCAAAGGCAGGCAGGAAGCAUCCAAAAAAAAAAAAGUAACUUUUCUUUAAAGCCCAUCUACCAAAAGUGCUCUUACUAUAAUGUAGGAAAUAAAUAUAUAUAUAUAUAUAUAUAUCAAUGAAAAGGUGUCUGAAUUCUAAAGUGUCCUUGUUUAUGAGCUGAAGUUCCAAUAAAUGUUUCUUUUAACGUG